CUAAAAUACCUAUUACGUGAUGUGUUAGAUCCUGCUGCAGAGCAAAUUCAACAUACGAAGAAAAUUAAAUACGAAGAAAUAGAUGCCGAAAUGCCUGAAUAUGAAGAAAUGUCAGAAUACAAAGUCGACGAUGACUAUGAUAAGGAGAUUAAAUAUGAUAACACGAAUUUAACAAAUCUGAAUUUAGAUUUCAUACUAAAUUCGUCAAAGAUGAAUUUGAUUCGACCUGAAGAUUUAUAUGAAAUCAGUGAAUGCUCGCAAUUG